UUGGAUAUUUUCAAUACCGUGCGCUGUAUUUAUCCGUAGAAAAGUGUGUUUAUUUCGUGUGAUUGUUGCGAAAAAUCGGUCCCAUUCAUUGGUGUUGAGAAUUUCCUCAAAAGACUACGGUUUUGUGUAUCUUUUCCGCUUGUGGUGUGUCGCAAUAUUUAGCUCCCUUGGCUCCACAGGGAUGGACGCUCUGCUGGAUGAAGUUGAAUCGUUGGAAGCGAUUCUGAUGGACGACGUUCAUAUCACGAAGAAUGCAAGCGGAUUUCCGGAGCUGAUUGAAACGACCGUAUUUCCGACGGUGGGCGAAGAGCUGGAAUCACAGUACGUGUGCAUCACGCUGCAAGUGUUACCGGCCGUUGGCUAUCCGGAUGUGCGCCCGAACGUAAAGUUACGAAAUCCACGUGGCCUGGAUGAUAACAUUAUCGGGCAGAUCGAGCGUGCCGUGCAGCAAAAGUUGACUGAAUCGAUCGGCCAACCGGUCGUGUUUGAUCUCAUAGACAUAAUACGGGAACAGCUGACGGAAAGCAAUCUACCGUCCGGGCAGUGUGUGAUCUGUCUGUACGGGUUUCUCGACGGUGAUGAGUUUACCAAAACCGUGUGUUAUCACUAUUUGCACAGCCACUGUUUGGCGUGUCACAUCAACGCUUCGAAGCGCAACUAUGAGGAAGAAAUCGAAAAGCUACCCAUCUGGAAGCGCAAGGAAGCGAAACCAUUCCAGGCACAGUGUCCGGUGUGCCGCGAAUCAAUAGAUGAUGUCGAGGUUGAACCGUUGAUGCGUUGCCGCCCACCGGCCGAGCGUGAAAAUGCACCGAAAUUUAAGGUGACCGAUGAGCUAAAAUCGCUCCAGGCAAGAAUGAACCGGCUGUUUAUGGAGCAGAAACGUCGGGGUGGAAUUAUCGAUUUGGAAGCGGAAGAGGGCAACGUUAUUGCGAUCGAAACCGAAUCCCCUAAUGGCGAGAUUGCUAAAGGCACAAAUGAUACCCCGUCAAACGGUCCCAACACUAUGCUGCCAGAGGUCAAAACACCAGCAAACAAAAAGCAUGCCACAAACGCACAACAGGCCAAAGGAUCUUCAAGCUCAAAAGCGGCAAAUAAUAAUAAUGCCACCCGGCAACAACGUAGCAAUGCGCCGGCUGCCACCGCAGUUGCGAACGGUGAAGCAAAUGACGAUCCGGACGGAUGUACCGAUCCGUGCUGUUCGGGACAGAACGAUCAUCACCGUGGCGGUGGUGGGUACCGGAAUCGGCGCCACAACAAUCACCAUCAUAACCGGCACCAGCGGCACCAUCACAACCACCAUCACCAUCACCACCACCAGCAUCAGGGACGCGGUGGUGGUGGUGCGAGCGGUGCUGGUACUUCCACAGCGGCCGGUGGAGCGGCCAAAAAUUUAGGCACUCCCUGCGCAUCCAACGCCAGGUGACAAUUGUUGCCCCAGGAAAGUGAUCCCCAAGCGAUGCAUUGUAAUUGGGUCCGGCGGGAUGCGUUGGAUCGGCUGUACACCGGGCCAGACGAGUUCUGCUGGUCGUGGGCUCAUCGUACCCAGCAUAUUCUGCCGACCGGCAGUCAUCUGCACCUUGGGCCGUAUGAUAGUCGCACCAUCAGACCGAUGCUACUAAUAUAACAUUUAAUCCACUGGACACGUAUGCAGAUUCUCCACAGUCUCGUAAAUAUUCUUAUUCGUACCAAAAUAAUCGACCGUAUGCAUAUUCGUAAUACCGUCCGCAUAAUUGCGGACAGCCGUAGAAUUUUCGAUCACUGUUGCGUCUCCGUAGGUAGGCCGAUGAUCCACUGUAUGGAGCGAAGGCAUCCUGAAUGUUACCGAAUACUGUUGCACACUGCCUUUGUGCAACGACUGAAACAAACCGAUGCCACGGUAAGACGUGGUGCUAUUGAAAAGACUUGCGUUCGGACGCUGGAUCCGGCGCAAUCCCGUCGCGCGCUAUUUGGUGCGCACGGAAAGGGGAUGUGUUGUGGUAAGUUCGGCUUUUACUACACAGUAGUUUGGAUGUUUUUAUUACGAACUUAUCUAACUGUGCUCGAUACAGCCAUACAGGAGCACUUGCAUCUGCGAUCGGUUUGUGAUCGUUCAUGGUAUUUAAGCAUAAUGUCUCUUUUCUACGCGAGCGCUGAACGUUACCAUCGAAGGAAUGUUCAUUUUGCUGUCGUGUGGUUACGUUCAUUUAUGUUAAUUAUUAUUGCUUCUUCAAACGUGGGCUGUUUUUGGUGGCCAAAUGGCGCCAAUUUAGUAGAUUUACCUGUAAAGAUUACCGUUCUACAUUAACACUAAGUUUUGUACGGAGCGAGGGAGAUAUCGAUGGGCAAUGGUGUAACGAGAUCUAUAUUUUAUUUAACACCGUAUCAGUGUUCGGGAUGGAAGCUUUUUUUUCUGCAAAGAUUUGUCGUUUUUUGUUACACUAGAUAAGAUACAAUUAGUUUCGAACGUACAAAUAGGCAGGGAAAUGUGGAGUAGUGAUAUGGGGAGUGGUGCGUCUAGAUGGGCUCCUCUUACCCCGAUACCAAGGAUUUCUCCCCACACUGCUCGGUAGCGUUAACAAUAAUUUAAAAAAAAGACACAACACUAAUUUAACACUCCUACCCUCCAAAUAGUUCAGGGGCAUGGUCCGUGUUCGGAAGGGUAGAGCAAUAGACAAAUGGAUAUAAUCGUUACUUUAUUUAACAAUUAUUAAAAAGGAAUAUUAUGCUUAUUUAAAGGUCUCGAGCGCGAGAAAGAUUGGAAAAUUCCACUUUUACUUUUAAAUGUUCGAUUUAGACGAUUUAAAACAGUUUCCAGUAAUGGUUACAACUUUACCAUCAGAACUCGAAAAUCCCGUAUAGCUCUCGGGGUUGAGUGCAGCACCAGUUACUCUAAAUAUAUUUUGUGCUGUCAACUAUUUAUUUUGUUUGUGUGGUAAUCGAUAAUUUCUUAUGAAGAAACGAACGCGUAUCAUGCGUGCCAAACGAGAUAGACAAACGUUACAUUUGCGACAUAGAGAGAGAGAGAGAGAGAGAGAGAGAGAGAGAGAGAGAGAGAGAGAGAGAGAGAGAGAGAGAGAGGGAGAUAAAAAUUCAGUUAAAAUCGAAAAUCUAAUCGCACACCACUAUAGCAAUGAAAUGGGCUUGAAUGAAGCGAUUGGAAGCAUAGCAGGAGACCCAGCAUAUUAAAAAUAGGCAGCACCUUUCGAUAAAAAAUAUGAUAGCACUUUGUAACAGACAGACACAAAACACAAUGCCGGAGAUAAAAUUCGAACGCAAUAGUUUAUCAAUCAAAUAGCAAGGAAAAAACAGUUCGCAAAAGCAACACAUAAAACUAAACAACGCAAGUUAGUGAAACACAUAAUCUUAUCAGCGCCCCAUGUAAGGUGACAAGCGUUUGCAAGGUUGCGGGAGGUUACGGCAGCAGGAUAUUCCAUUGCGCGGUACGCGGUAUGUGAUGAUGUAAAUGUGAAUUUAAUCAUAACUCUGUAAUAAUCUACCGUCAAAGCACAUAGACGAACGAAAGCGGCCACAUAACAAAAAGCUCUCUUUUGAACUAAAUCAUCCCUGCGACGAUUAACAUUUAAAUGUGCACCCCUUUUAAAAUGAUGUCUCCCCUCGCCCAACAGUCUCCCGAUCACGAUCGAAAAAAAACUCGUAUUCUAAGUCAUUUGUAAUUCUUGCACGUGUGUGAAUGGAAGGGUGUGGGCGGGAUCGGGAAGGUGGGAAAGAAUGUCAGUGUUUCUGCUCCCUUUAAUGGUCGAACCCUAUAUGAUAUGUAUGUUAUCUCAAAUUACCACAAAUCAGAAGGCAAAACCGUUUUGC